AGACCUAGGAGGGGUGUGGGCACCGCCGCCUCCGCCCGGCCUCUCCCGCUCCUGGCCCUUCCCGACCAGGCGACACUGGCUCAGGCGAUGGGGCGGAGAACUGAGUCCAAGUGAGGUAUAAACAGUCUCGUUUGGGCUGAAGGACUGCAUUUGUGGGUCGAAUUUCAGAAUGUCAAGUUCCAUGUCCUACUGGAUGUUAACCUCUGUGAGACACAGCAUUGCCGCACUGCAAAGGGGCAGGCGUUUGUAUUCCAGAUAUGUCUUGUCCAGAAGUCCAUCAAAAUGGAAGCCCUUCUUGCAGGGACCACCCGCCCUAAGAGAUGAAGUCCCGUGGGGUGGCUUGGCACUGCCAAAAGCCUGCAGACACAUAUCGACAGAGGAAGAUUUCAACCUGCAGCUCAACCCCGCGCAGGUCAAUGAGGUGCUUCGUGCCGGCGAGCUGGCGUACCAGCCUCUUUCCCUCCCCGGCAGAGCCCCAAAUCCGGUGCUGCGGUUUGAGAGCAACCAGCUGGCAGCCAAUUCCCCCGUGGAGGACCGGCGGGGCGUGGCCUCCUGCUCGCAGACCAGUGGCCUGAUGUUCGGCAUCUUUGAUGGACAUGGGGGUCACGCAUGUGCGCAAGCCGUGAGUGAGAGACUCUUCUACUAUGUGGCGGUGUCCCUGAUGUCCCAGCAGACCCUGGAGCAGAUGGAGGAGGCCGUGGAAAACAUGAAGCCCCUGCUGCCCAUCCUGCAGUGGCUCAAGCAUCCAGGGCAGAGCAUCUAUGAGGACGUCACAUCAGUGCAUCUAGACCACCUGCGGGUCUACUGGCAGGAGCUGCUCGACCUGCACAUGGGGAUGGGCCUGAGCACGGAGGAGGCCUUGGUACACUCCUUCCAGAGACUGGAUUCUGACAUCUCGCUGGAAGUCCAGGCUCCCCUGGAAGACGAGAUGGCCAUGAACUUGUCGCUGCAGGUGGCCUUCUCUGGAGCAACAGCGUGCAUGGCUCACAUAGAUGGGAUACACCUGCAUGUGGCAAACGCUGGCGACUGCAGGGCCAUCCUGGGUGUGCAGGAGGACAACGGCCUGUGGUCUUGUGUGCCCCUUAGCUGUGAUCACAAUGCCUGGAACCCGGCCGAGCUGUCCCGGCUGAAGAAGGAGCACCCGGCAUCAGAAGACAGGACCAUCGUCAUGGAGGACAGGCUGCUGGGCGUCCUGAUGCCCUGCAGAGCCUUCGGAGAUGUUCAGUUCAAGUGGAGCCAGGAGCUGCAGCGCAGCGUCCUGGGCAGGGGCUUUGACACGGAGGCCCUCAAUAUCUACCAGCUCAAGCCCCUCCACUAUUACACCCCCCCUUACCUAACAGCCCGGCCUGAGGUCACCUACCACAAGCUGAGGCCCCAAGAUAAGUUUCUGGUGCUGGCCUCUGAUGGCCUUUGGGACAUGUUGAGCAACGAGGAUGUGGUGAGACUCGUGGUGGGGCACCUGGCUGAGGUGGGUGGGCACAACAAGUCCGACUUGGUCCAGGGGCGCACCAACCUGGGGCUCAUGCAGAGCCUGCUGCUACAGAGGAAAGCCCGCGGGUUGCCUGUCACUGACCACAAUGCUGCCACACAUCUGAUCAGGCACGCUCUUGGGAGCAACGAGUAUGGGGAGAUGGAGCCUGAGCGACUGACGGCCAUGCUGACGCUGCCCGAGGACUUGGCGAGGCUGUACAGGGAUGACAUCACGGUCACUGUGGUGUACUUUAACUCUGAUGCACUGGAUGUGUAUUACAAGGGUGGUUAAGGGGUCUCCCAGCCCACAGCCAAGGUAAAUGGAAAUGCUCUUCCAAACCUUUUUAUGCAUUCCUAAACAAGCUUAGCCAAACCUUACUAGUAUAAGGGUUGGCAGAUGUAGCUUGCUGCCUAAUUGACCAAGGUGAGGCAGAAGAACAGCCUCCAUGAAAAACCACAGUAAUUUCAUGACCCCGCGUGUUCUGGGUACUGCCCCUCUGUGGAGGCCAGGCUUGGAGAUCUAAUAAUUGGCCUGGGCCUGUGGAGUCCUGAGUUCCUUGUUAGAGAGGCUGUUAAACGAACAGUGCAGGCCUUGGCUGGUUCAUUUAAUUAAGAAGCUU